AGAGCGCUAAGCUGUGCCCUCAGAAGACCUAGUUGGGACCAUGGCUAUUGACUGGAUUGGUUUUGCAUAUGCUGCAUUGCUGGCUGUUGGAGGUGUUGUAGGAUACACUCGUAAAGGUAGUAAAAUCUCUUUAGCUGCUGGUCUCACCUUUGGUUCUGUGGCUGGUUAUGGAGCUUACUGUGUAACACGUGAUCCAAGAAAUGUGAAGAUAUCGUUGUUUUCAGCUUUUCUUUUGACCAUUAUAAUGGGAAUGAGGUUCAAGAGGUCCAAGAAAUUAAUGCCAGCCGGACUAGUAGCAUGCCUGAGCCUUUUGAUGAUUUUGAGGCUUGUUUUUAUGCUGCUGUAGGAGAAUUUAGCAACUUAAGAACCAAAGUAUGACUGCCAUGCCCACCGAACAAACAGGCAAGCUCUCCAUACUUGAAAGACAAGUUUGAACACGUCUUACAUUGCAUUUAUCUUUCCUGUAAAAGAUCUGUACCUGUUAUUUGAUUAUUGAUAUAUGCUGAUAUUUUGCAAGCUUUUUUUUUUAAACUAAACUAAAGCGUUUUGUGGAUGAUAUAUUUUGAUCUACUUUGUUUAAGCAGUCUGUUAACUCAAGGGAUCUUUCUCUGUAAGUUUGAUCUGUUUCAGGGGUGCUGAGCGCCCCAAGAAAUUGAGUUAGUCUUGCGCUGUAUCUCUGAGAGAAGAAUAUAUAUAAAUACAUGUUUAUGCUAAAA